AUGGCUACCACGGAAGUGGAGCGUAGACGUGGCCAGCUUGCUGCUCUGUCCAUAGCAGCAGUGGUCAUCAUCGUGGGAGUCCCUCUGUGGUGGCGAACGACUGAAACGUACCGUGCCUGGCUGCCUGUCAGUCAGAUACAAGAGUUGUCUAAGCUGCAGCUACAUUUGAGUGCUGAUGUGGAGGUGUUGUUUGCACGUGGAACGUUGACGCCAGAGCAGCAGAAGAAGGUCCCACUGACACAGACGCAGGAUGACGAGCACAUAGUAGAUGAGGACACAGCUUUGAGGUAUACGUAUGAGACACGGUAUCGCACGGCUACAAUCAUGGAGGAGGACGCCCUGAACCAGCCCACUGCUGCAGAGGCAGAUCUUUCUCUACAUACACUCAGUGAGAGUCCGUGUGGUUCUUUGGUUGUGUACGUGAUCCCAGAGUCAUCUACACUGCUGCCUGAGGAUAUUGACGUGUAUGUUGGUCAGCGACGGACAGCCUUGCUGCGUAUUGGUGCCCAGAUGAGAGUCGGCAGGACGCUAGAGCAAUUGUUGGCUCACCUGGAGCCUCGGAUCAAGCAGGUGCUGCAGGUGAUGUCUUUUAGCCACACAGACAUCACAGCUGCCCUCAGCGACCGAGUCCGUCUUAGCCCUGGCAACAAAGAGAGCAUAGCCGACAGUAUGAGAGCUUUUAAAUCCAGCCCAGGUUAUGAGAUUACAUUCAGUCUGUUGAACCCAGACCCAAAGUCACACCGGCUGUACUGGGACAUAGAGGGUGCUGUGCAGACCUACAUCCAACCUUUGUUUACAAAACUGUCUCCUGUGGCCAACUUUAGCAUUGACUCUCAGACUUUGCACUAUGCCAUGCUUGGUGUCAACCCUCGCUUUGACAGCAGCCGUAAUGCCUACACACUCAACGCUGACAGCCUUGCACAUGUCAUCAACCCUGUGGAGGCUAGACUGGGCUCUAAUGCUGCAUCUUCCAACCCAGUGCUGAAUUUUCUGCUGUACGUCCCAGAUGCCCACCACUCACCCCUUUACAUUAACGACCACAAGAAACAAGAAGUGCCUUCAAAUGCGUUUCACUCUCCACGUUGGGGUGGAAUCAUGGUCUAUAAUGUUGAUGGUUUCUAUGGACCAGAGGCUGUGUUCCCUGUUGACAUCAACAUUAAUAUGGCCAAAGUCAUGGGAGUCUUCCUUGCACAGCUACGACUGCUGCUCGGGGUACAGUCGUCUACCCCUCCCCCUGGCUUUGUGGUUGCACCGUGCGGGAGCACAGGACUGGCUGAUUGGGAGCUGGACCGCCUAAUGUGGAGUCGGAGUGUGGAAAACGUAGCAACAGCAACCACCACCAUCACCUCUCUGGCGCAGCUGCUGGACCAGAUAGGCAACAUUGUUAUCAAUGACAACAUUGCUGAACAGGUGUCCAGUGCUCUCACAUCACUGCAGCUGGCUGUGGCCGAGUUGGAGGCCGGGAACCUCGGCUUUGCUCUGCAGUACAGUAAAGAGGCCAUCUUGGCAUCAGAGAGAGCCUUCUUCGAUCCUUCUCUCCUCCACCUCCUCUACUUUCCUGAUGACCAGAAGUUUGCCAUCUACAUACCUCUCUUCCUGCCCAUGUGUGUGCCUAUUCUGCUGUCACUGCUCAAAAUAGUGUCUGAGGCCAGACAGAAACGCAGAGAAAAGCAAGCCAAGAAGGACUGAGAGACACAAAUUGGGACGAAUAUAAGGUCUGAACACAAAUGGCAUAAUGAAUAAACGUUUAUGUCAGUGGCCUUGACAUCUAGGUACAGAGGUAGGCAUGAAGAAAUGUUCAUAUGCAGCACUGAGGUGUGGGUUUCACAAAUUAGUUGAGUAUUAUAUUUUUUGUUUUAUGUGAAGAAUUGUGUUUAUGGCAAGAUUUUAAGGAAUGACUGCUGUGACUGUCAAACACUGUACAGUUUAAUGCUCGGAUUGUUAUAAAUGUGUUUUUAUAUUUGAAUUCAACAUUCUAAGUUAUUAACAAAUAAACUCACAGAUAGAGCUCUAUCUGUUUUUUUGUUUGUUUUGUUUUUUGACAGUUAUUAGAUUUGAUAUGAAUAUCAAAUACAUUUGGGAGACACACCUGUCUAAACCGUCAUACACUAAGUUUAGACCAAGUUGAGCAUUUAAGUUUGUUCCUGACAUUGGAAAUUGAACACAAAGUCCACUUUAGUAGCGUUUUACAGAGCUUUCAAUGGCCUCUCACUGUUUAACAGCAGAGUUAAUUGGUGUUAAGUUAUUCAGUGUGUAGUUUGUCAUGCUACACAAACUAAAGCACUGACUAUGUUGUGUUUUUUUCACCUGGGUCAUUGACCGAUUCUGAAUGUAGCAUGAGCAAUCUGAUCCCAGUGCAUCAUCAAUGUCUUUUUUAAAUAUAUUGACAUGUAUUUGUGUUAAAUGUGUAAAGGGCCAAAGGGGACGAUGUGGCUACAACACCACACACAUACAGCUAACAAAACAAUUUCACUCCAAAUACCAUUUUAUCUCUUCUGGAGCUCUCUAUCAUAUCACAUGAUUGAUGAUUAUAAGCUUCAGAACAGCUCAUAAAUGGACUGUGGGGUAGACCUUUUUUGUCAUUUUGAGCUAAACUUCAUUUAAAAGUUUGCCUGAAGCUACUAUGAUACAUACUGAGAUAGUCAUAUCAAGUGGAUAUAUGCCACAUUUCCAGAUUUUUAGCAUCGAAUCUCCCCUUUGUUGAGAUGCAGUGGAUCUAUAGUAACAAAAAGAGGAAUUUUGGCACUAAAGA